CGCCAUGCGCGCCGCAGGUCAAGGAGCUAUCCGUGCAACCAGCAUAAAAUAUGGAAUAGCAUGAGCAUACAUUGACCAAAUACACAUAUCUGACAAUGCCGAAGAAGCUUAUUGUCGUCCUCGGUGCGACUGGAUCGCAAGGCGGAUCUGUAAUAAACGCCUUUCUUGCCAAUGAGAAAUACGCCGUUCGUGGAGUGACGCGUAAUACGACCUCCGCCGCAUCCCAAGCGCUCAUCGCGAGGGGAGCGGAGAUGGUUCAGGCGUCAAUGACGGAUAAGGCCAGUCUCGUUGAGGCAUUCAAAGGAGCAUAUGCAGUUUUUGGUGUGACAGUGGCACUCAUCAAGGACAACGAGACGGAGAUGGGGAAGAAUAUGGUUGAUGCCUGCCUGGCGAACCAUGUACCUCUAUUCGUUUGGUCCUCCCUGCCCAGUAUGAAAGAGGCCACUCAUGGAAAGUACGACAUGCGUCAAUUCGAAGAGAAGGCAGCGGUUGAUCGGUAUAUCGAGCAAGCUGGCCAGCCGGCUGUGAUCUUCUACACUGGACUCUUCACAGAAAACCUACUUGGCCAUCAUGUGAUGCUGCACCCUGUCACACCGGACAAACAGAAGUGGGUGAUACGAUUCCCUAUCGUGCCGGCCGACAUUCCCCAGACGAUCACAUGGAUUGAACGCGAUCUUGGACAGGCCGUCGUGGCCGCUAUCGACCACUGGGAGGAUGAAAAAUGGAAGAAGAUCUUAACCCGGGAACCGACUGUUGUGUGUUCGUAUACGAUCACUGGGGCAGAAAUGGCGCAUACUAUUACCAAGAUCACGGGGAAGGACGUCGUGUACUCUCCGUUGUUGGAAAUGGGUGAACCUGCAAAGACAUUGUUCUCUUUCUUCUCGGAGUAUUGGUACCCCCAGGAAGUCCCAUCUCCUCUCCUGAUCGAGCUUGGUGUCAAGUUCCACUCAUUUGAAGAGUACGUGCGCGAGGAAGUGGUGCCCUAUAUGAACAAAUCUGAGUAGGGGACGGAGUGCUGUGUUGAUUUUAUUAUAUGCUCUUCUAAUAAUAA